CCACUGCGAAGGUCAGUUGAUCGGGUGAAGAGCAAAAUGGUGGUCCAAAACCAAGGAGACCAAGCGCAGCAGACAUAGUAUCGCAUGCGUCCGAUCGUGAUCGACGCUUAAUACACCUACACAACUUUCUCACGGCGUCUCAUAGCUCUCUGAUCUCACCCAUGAGUGCAAAUGUAGAAGAAGACCGUGUAGUGUCUGUUCUUCCUGUAUACUAUUCAAAUACGCUUUCUCCGAACGUACACCUCCACCAAUAUCCUCUUCUCACUCGCCCCUUACAAGUCCCUCCGUCAGCCGCUGCUAGUGGCAAGAAGAUUCACGCACGCGUAAAGCCUGGUGUCCGCAGACUUGAGGUUCAUGUACCCGUGGACCCUCGACCAGAUGUAUGGAACAACGAAAGGUCAAAAGAUCUCGGUGAAGCCAGACUAGCAGAUGACAAGGAGAAGAACCAAGAAAGCUCUUUGAAGGGCAAGCAGAGAGAAGGGGAAGAGCCGCGAUUGAGUGAAGUUCGUAUGCGAAGCGAACAAGUUCCACAUAAUGGAGCAUAUGUUCUUGGUGUCGUUCGAGAUGGCAAACUUUACCUGCAUCCAAUUAGCGAGACACACCAACUUCGACCUUCGUUAACUUACAUGGAUAUUCUUACCCGGAGAUCAAGACGUAGAGCGGGCGAAGAUGAGGAUUCGGAUGAAGGUCCGCCCCCUGACCCAGAUGAACCUGCUCCCCUUCCAAUCGUCAAAAAGGAGAAGAAAGUUCCUAUCGGGGAAGCAAAAGAAGUUCAAGUCUCAGUUCGAAAAGCCGCCGACGACAAGGGCAUAUCAUUUGGAGGCGGUAUUACUGCUGUACGGCGAGAAAUGUUGAUGAAAAUCCGGGCAGAAGAGGAUGAGAGUUGGGAAGACUACGAGUUUCAUGAUGGCCAGGCUCCGGAGUCUGGAGAUGCAUUUGAGAGUACAUUUGCUACUCAUGAUAAUAUUCUCGAGUGUACUACUGACAUCACUAGUAUGCUUAAGAACAUUCGUGGUCUAUGAUAACCUUCCGAGGUAUUUAGUGUCGUCUGCUGACUGGCGGCCCUCGGUGUACUUGUCGAUCUAUUACUAUUUACUUGACAAGCUGACCAACUCAAUGCAUAUCAAUGCCAUCUUUCG